AUGCGAAAGCGCAAGAGUUUAGGCGCUGAACCCGACCCUUUCUCUGUUCGCUGGCACUCAGUGGCCGAUAUGAACACGCCCAGCGCGGAUAUUAUGUCGUCGCCUGAUCCAAUAAGCGAAACUGUCGAACAAAGUGUCAUGCCCUCGUCCACGCGCCGCGUCGUCCGCAGCAGUCAACGAUCCAGUAGAUUUUCCUCCAUGGGAAUGGGAAUGGGAACAUCGCCUAGGAAACAAACUUUCGAACUCGAGGUUGGAGAUAACAAAGCGCCCCAGAGAUUACUAGUUACCGUCGAGACGGAGGAACCGAUCGUGACUGCGGGACCAAGUAGCGCGCGACGAAAAUUAUUCCAGGACAGUCCUUACUUGCCUGUAGCACGACGCAGAGACAUGGCGACAACAACGACGACUGUGCCUUUGAAAGGCGCGAUUGAUGACCAGACGAACGAUCCUAACGCGACUCCGAGAAGACGAGGUCGACCGCGAAAAACGAAUGGUACACCGUUGCCUAGCGCAGGAACAAAGAGAAAAGGAACGCCAAUAAGCGGAACCCCUCGACAACGGCAACGUACAUCAAAAGAUACAGAUACAGCAGAUAAAACAACAGAAAAUAAUGCACAACCCACGCCGGGAACAAAGAAACGGGGUCGACCGCGAAAGAACCCUUUAGUUGAACCGCCCGGUGAUUUCGGAAACGAGCCAGAUCAAGCAAUUACUUCGACUACAGAAGAUAUCCAGAAACAGCAGGCCUUUGCGCCCGAAGCAUUUGAUGACACAACGGACCUUCCCUCUCUUCGCGCCGACGACUCCCAAGUCGAUAACGAUGUGACUUUGGUGUUCACGCCUUCAGAAGCUGAGGCAAACCAGUUGCGCGCACAUCGAACCGCGAACAAUACUGCGACUGCUCUGCAAUCAGAACCCGAUUCGGACAUCUGGAUGGCAACGUUGGAUGACGAACCAACUCCACGGCCUGCAAGUCGCGCAACACAAGCUGCCCCCGCACCCUCAAGCCCGGAUCAUGGACAGGCCGAUGGUUCAUCAGAUUUUGGAGAUUAUGGAUACGGACCUGGUGGAAGCGACGUCUCUUCUGCCGAUGAUCCUCAAAGCGAUAUUCGUCCUGGAGUCGAGGACACCGCAGCGGGCGAAGACUUCAGCAUGAUUUUCAUGGACUCGCUCCCCUCAUUACAGGCAAGCUUACGCAGCUCUGUACAAGAAAUAACCGAAAACGACAUCGGCGAAGAAACAAGUAUGAUCAUCAAUAAUACCUUAGAGUCCUUGCGCCAAUCUUUGCAGGACCGCGACAGACCCAAUACGGAUGAAGGAACCGCUAAGCAAGGAGAGAAGUCCCAGCAAUCUAAGGGACCUGGGCCGGCCGAACCUCAAGAACAGCUUCGACAAUCUACGAUUCGCCCACCUAUGAGCUUUUCACCUGGCCGAAGCCUAUCUGCCAGAUGGCUUCAGAGCCCUCGAAGAAUGGGCUCCCCUUUGCGACAUGAAGUACUUAAGUCGAGUGUGCGGGAAAGCUCCGAUGCUCCCGAAUAUCGCGGAUCUCCUCUCGCAUCUCAGAGACAGGAUUCAUCACGCCUUGAAAACGAAGAAUCAAACCUGUAUGAUGAUUCUUUCUCGGAGAUUCCUGAUGUGGUACUUGAAGCAGCUACUCCUCGCCGUCCUCGAGCUGCUGUGAAAGAUCUGCUAUCGGAGAGCAAUGAUGUUGAGAUGGAAGACGCACAGCUUAUUCAACUUGAGGAAGAGCCUGAAGAACCAGAACCACAGGAAGACCAGGAAGAACGCGAAGAGCAAGCAGAACAAGAAGAGGAGGAAGUCGACCCACCAGCAGCCUCCAAUGUAAGCGCAGUCUCUCGUUCUGAUGCAGGGCGUCUUCCUACCCCUGACGACACACCUCCGAAUAUUGAAGUUGGAAGUGACAAUGUUCAGAAGUCUACGGGUGUGUCGCAGAGCUCUGCUAGGUCUGCCUCGUCUAGGGGUUCGUCUCUCAAGAACUCCUCGCCUGCACCACAAACUCAAGCUCAAAUAGAGCCAGAGGUCAUUAAAAAGGCUCCGGAGACAGUGGACGACGAGCCGGUCAAUGAAGAUGACGAGCUUAUGAUGGAUGAUGGCGUUUCUUUACAGGAACCCGACGAUCAUUCUGAUCUUGAGGACCAUAUCUUGGAGGAGACUUUUAUAGAACACCCUGAAGAGGAGCAUGGGCAAGAAGAAAGACAAGAAGAAGAUCACGAAGAAGAGGAAGCGCUGUCUGAAGCCCCCGCGCCCCAGAAAGCCCGCUUGUCUUUAGAGACCGAGACCCAGCAGGCAGAGGUGACGCCACUAAAUCAGCUCACAUCGCCUAUUCAAGAACAUAUUACCUUACCAGAAAUGGUGUCCGAGAGGGCGUCACGACCUACCUUGUCUCCAAUCGUCAGGGCCGGACGUGCUUUACAGAGCGUCACCUCGGACCCCCCUUCACCUGAAGCUCACGACCAUCAUCUGCGAAGCCCUUUCAGGCGCUCUGCUACUAGGGAGUUGGGUCCAAGGGAGACUCAGUCUAAUCGACGUACGAGUGCUAGCCCCGGGAAGUCGCGUGCUUUCCCGGACGCCGGCCAGAUCCCUCAAGACAAUGAGCUUUAUGAGCAUGAUCCCUUUGGAACUCACACUAGGCACACAGGUCAAUCCAGCUUUAUGGAAGCUCUGGAGAGAAGUAGUCGUGGUUCCUCGCCACGCCAUCGCCGGACGGCAUCCAGGGAAUCCAUGGCAAGCUCAAUACGCUUCCAAGCUCCCAGUGAGGGAGGUUUGAGCUGGGUGGAUAACGAAGGCCCUAUCAGUGAUAACCUCCGUGGAGAUGUACCCCUUGAGGCCUUUGCACGAUCAACAGCCAGGCAUCCGAAGAGCCCCUCUAUUUCUCAUGGUCAAAUGGACGGGACAGUAGAUGAUGCAGACGAUGAGACCGAGGACGCAGGUGAUGACAUGGACUUGUGGGAGUUCGAAGCGGAAAGAUCAAUCUCCCAACCAACACGGCAGCCUCCCACAGAGAGAAAACCCGAGUCGCCGGUUCAUAGACGGAGCAACAUACCGAGUUCCUGGAGGAGACAGCCUACCAGGGAAACCCAACCUGCCGCAAGCGUUGAGCACCAGACCCGGAGAGAGAUAGAAGAGGCUGAGGAGUCUGCGGAUGAAGAGAUUGCACAUCAAGCCGAGCCUAUGGAAACGACGCAUGAGGAGCCAUCCCAAGCAGUAGAGUAUUCUUUGGUCACUAACAAAGAGACCGGUCGAGAAGCCAACAAGGCUCCCGCAUCCGCCAAACCGACUCGCUUUGACCUAUCGACCUUCUUCUCCUCACCAGCAGCGUUCCCAGGAAUGCUGGCAGAGAAGCUAUCACCUCUAAAGAAGAUGUCCGGCUUCGGAACACGGCCUGCUGACCCUGAGCCUGUGGAAGUGGAACAGACACUACCAACAAGUUCCAUGUUCCCACAGGUGCCGCAACAUGAGCUUGCACCUCGAGCGCAGCCUAGGGCCGGUUUCUUCUCUCCUAUUCGUUCUGUUCAAUCGGUGCUGAGACGAGAGGUGUCUGAAGAGUCAGAACGAGAGUUGCGUUCUCGAUCAAACUCAAGGUCUCAUAAGACAUCGUCUAGUGGACGUUCUGAGGUGUCAGUAAGACAGGAAGAGCAUGACGUCUCUGUGCAAGAGAUGUCUGAGCAGCAACAAGAGAGUGAGCAGCAGGAAGACACCGAACAGGAGGAGCCAGAUGAGUUAGAUGAGGCAGAGGAAGUAGAAGAACCUGAGGAGAUUGAAGAUCUUGAAGAAGCUCAGGCUGCUGAGUCACUACCUUCGGUUCCCCAGAAGGUGAACUUUACGCCCCAACGCAGACAACCUCGCCAAUCCUUCUUCAAGACCUCAACUCAGGCUGCUGCCCCAGCUCCUAUCCCUGCUACGGGUGAACCCACUCCACCACGGAUGCAGCUCACCCACGCCGAUAUUCAAAAAUGGCAGCAGCAAACCUCCAAUGGUAGUGAUGAUUCCCCUGAACGCCCCUCUGCCCGUCCUAUUCUCCGACCACUACCUCAUAAAAACGCCUCCCCUUACAAGUCGAGUUUGCGCUCUCCGCUCAAGCCACAUACCCCUGGCCGGGUAGUUGAGUUUACCAGCAGUGUCCUUUCCCCCGUGGAGCAGGCCAAGAUUAGACACCAACGUCGAUUAUCCAACUCCUCAGCGGCAUCUCAAUCCAGUGCCGGCGUUCAGCGGCCGCGUUUAGGCCCGCCACCUCGUCAAACUGCGAACAAGGAGAAUAACACUCUCCAUGAAGUCCCCAUGUCGAAGAUUGGACUACCUAUUAAACAACCACGUCCUGAACCUUUAUCACAAACGGUUUGGACCCGAAAGCACUGGCUAUUGCUAGAUGAUCUCCUACAACAGCGCCGUCAAGGCCCUUUCAGACUCAAUUACGAACGUUACUCGGACAGGUUUCUUGGAAAGACGGUCACGAGCCACGGUGAAGCCAUGACGCUGGAGCGCUGGCAUUUGGACUGCGUUGACGCGUUCAAAACCCAAGUUGGUGGUUGGGAUGAGGCCGCAUUGGCCAAGAGGCUAUUCGCGCUGAUUAUUGGUGAGCAGAGGAGGAAUCAAGAAGGUGUUGCUAAACCUGCUCGAGUUAUGUUCCAUUGA